UAACACCAAAAGUUCAGUUGGUGACUGUUGUCGUCUUAUCAAACCAAACCACCAAAAUUGCAUAUAAAAAGGUCACAUGUAGGAGUGUUUAAUUGUACCUAAACUUUCUUCUCUAUUCCAUUCCACCCAAAUACAGAAAGAGCAACAUGUUUAGCGUUAAGCGUUUAGUUGAAUCAAACAAUCUAAGUUCUAUUCCUUCAAACUACAUUUGCCAAACAAAUAUUCAAGAUUAUUCCAUAGUGUUGAAUGAAACAGAAAUUAUUCCAACAAUCGACUUUUCCCAGCUCAUAUCUUCCAAUCCUAUGGAACGUUCCAUGGCAAUCCAAAAACUUGGCAAUGCUUGCCGCGAUUGGGGUUUCUUUAUGCUAAUCAAUCAUGGGGUAUCUGAGACGCUGAGGGAUGAGGUUUUAAGAACAAGCCAAUGCUUUUUCGAUCUGCCAAGUGAAGAAAAAAAGGAGUACAUAAGUGAAAAGCUAUUUGAUCCAAUUAGAUGUGGUACAAGCUUUAAUUUGAAGGUAGACAAAACCCUCUAUUGGAGAGAUUAUCUCAAAUGUUAUGUUCAUCCUCAAUUUGAUGCUCCUUCCAAGCCCCCUGGGUUUAGUGAAACUUUAGAGGAAUAUACCACAAAGAGUAGGGAAGUUAUUGGAGAGUUGCUAAAAGGAAUAUCACUGAGCUUGAGCCUAGAAGAAAAUUACAUACACAACAUGAUGAAUGUAGACUCAGGCUCUCAACUUCUUGUUAUCAACUAUUACCCACCUUGUCCUAAGCCUGAGCUGGUUAUGGGUCUACCUGCUCACACAGAUCAUGGGCUUUUGACCCUCUUAAUGCAGAAUGAACACAGUGGACUUCAGAUUGAACAUAAUGGCAAGUGGAUUCCUGUUAACCCUGUGCCCAACUCCUUUCUCAUCAAUACUGGGGAUCAUUUGGAGAUAAUUACCAAUGGGAAAUACAAGAGUAUUGUUCAUCGUGCUGUGGUGAUGAAUAAGAAAGCUGCAAGAAUUUCUGUUGGGACAGCACAUGGGCCCACUCUUGACACCAUUGUCACCCCUGCACCAGAGCUGCUUAGCAAGGAUAACCCCUCAGCAUAUAGAGGCAUUACAUACAGAGAUUACUUGCAGCUUCAACAAAGUCGUGAAUUAGCAAGAAAUUCUUGCUUAGAUUAUAUUCGAAUUUAAAUAAAAACUUUGUUAUGCUUGCAUAAGUAAUAAUUGUAAGUUUGGUCUUUCAAAAUUUAGUUUUAACUUGUAAAUUAAUGCGUGGAAUUAUAAUUUGGUGUAUGGUUAUGUAACGUGGUUUUUGCUAAUAAGAAAUCCUGAUCGGUCCACUUUUUAAU